AUAGCCCUGGUGGUAUUGCGGAGGCGACAGACGUAAUUUGUGCCAGCAGGAUCGUCGGUGCUAGUAGCGGUGCUGAACUGUCCGUGUAAAAAUCACAUUGUAGAUUCAGAUUGUCGGACAUCAACCGCCAUCAGCACACACAGUUUUAAUCGGGAAGGCCCGCUGCACGGUUCUAGAUCUUGCCUAUUCCUUCAAUCAACCAUGUUGAAGGAGUUUGAGCGUGGAAGCUCAGAUGUUGAUUGGUGCGAGGCCAACUAUGACAUUGUCCCAGCAAUCGCUGAGUUCUGGAACACAAUCAGUAAUUUCUUGUUCAUCGUGCUGCCACCUGUGCUGAUGUAUCUGUUCCGCCCGUACGCACGCCAGGUCAACGCUUCCAUCAACCUCAUCUGGUGGAUGUUAGCAGUUGUAGGUGUGUCCUCAGCUUACUUCCAUGCCACCCUAAGUCUGGUGGGCCAGCUGCUUGAUGAGAUUGCCAUCCUGUGGGUAAUCAUAGCAGCCUGGGGUGUGUGGGCUCCAAGACGCUUCUUUCCAAGGUUCUGCCAUGAAAGCAGAAAGUCCUUCAUGCUGGUGAUGCUGGGUGUCGGUGCCAUCUCCACAAUCCUGGCCUUCCUGCACCCUUCCAUGAACCACUUCCUGCUCAUGCCCAUGGCCAUCCCAAGUGUCAUGUGUAUGUUCAGUGAACUCAAAAGGUGUAAUGAUUGCCGUGUGAUCCGCCUCGGCAUCGCAGCCUUUGUGUGGUUCAGCCUGGCGCUGACCUGCUGGCUGAAUGACCGGCUCUUCUGCCACAUCUGGGAGUCCGUGUCCUUCCCAUACCUCCACUCCGGCUGGCACAUCUUCAUCGCCAUCGCCUCAUUUGAGCUCUGUGUGGUCAUGGCAUACUUUGAGGCAGUGACCAUGGCCCCUGAACGUGCACCGACCUUGAAGUUCUGGCCCUACGACAGGUGUGACCUUGGAGUCCCUUAUGUCAGCUUUAAAUUUGCUGCUGCCAAACCUAUAAAGGAGUGCUAGGUACAUGUAUCUUUUAAUUAAAUUCAACUCAGUGGUAAGACUUCUCUCCAGAUUUGUCAAUAGAGUUCUUUCUAUGUGUAGGUUGUAGAGGUCAUUUGAUGUGUACCUAACUAACACUAAAUACUAGUAGUCAGUCUGUAACACAUUUAUCAUGAUGAAAUCUUAGACCACAGGCUUUUGGCUAUGAUAGCCUGUUAAAAGGAAAUGGAGUGCAGAAUAAUUGUGCUCACUCUGGCCCUCUCUCAGGGAUAUUAUAAGAAAACGUAAAAGUGUAGAAGUAAAUUCAAAGAUCAGGGAGUGUAAAAUGAGGAUAUUUAGGCCCUACAGAAACACCUUUUCCUGUAAUAUGCUGAAACCUACAAAAUUCCAACAUACUUCAUUAUGAAAACAGACCUUUUGUGUGAAAUUCAAAACUGUAAAGUAUAGGUACAGAAAUUCUGGCAAAUUUUGAGCUAUUCUCAUCCAUGUAGACAAUAGUAGAGACAUUGUGUAAUGUAUAUUGUGAGGUACAAUUUUAAACAUGUCUAUUGUAUUAUGUGAGAUGGCUUUUAAUUUUACCUACUUUUCAUCACAGUUCACUAACACAAUGAUAGAAAGCUAGUGAUACAAUUUGAAAGUUUUUGUAAAUUCAUGGCACUGUGCUAUGUUGAUGUUUCCAAGUGCAGAGUACUGUGUUGGAUAUCUCCUACAUAAUUAUGUCUAUGUUAUUUUCAUUUUCCCCAUAGUAGUAAUCCUAAGGUUGAACAACAUGAUGAGACAUGAGGCAGACCAACCAAAAGUCAGAACAAAUGGAAGUGUAGAUUUGAUUGGUCAGUUGUAAUGAGAUAAAAUCAGGAAAUUACAUUUGUUUGAUAAACUACAAACAAAAAGGAAACAUUACAACUUUUUGAAAACUUAAAUCUAUACAAUCGCUAAUUUAGACCAUCAUGUUCUCUGUAACUAUGCAAAUUACACCCAUAUUUGCAUAAGUUGUACUGAUCAGUAUCCAUUUUGAAAUAUCCAUAUUGAUUAUGGAGUUUAUAUAAUUCACGAGUAUGGAGUUUAUAUAAAAAAUACUAACAAUAGAUGCAUAGCAGAGAGUGGACAGAUAGAAGCCUUUAGCUGGAAAGGAAAAGUCCUUCAGGUGAAGAUCAGACAAACUUCUCUCCGAUGUAUGCAGGAACUUCUCUUGUUGUAGAUCAUCAAAUUAACUCUUCUUAUCAGGCGGGUCCCAGGACUACAACUAAUUCAGUAGUCUCAUUGUGGAGCUCAAGUUUUACUCAGGGAUCCUACAUGCAACAGGUGCACAGUUCUGACUAUAUGAUGAAGGCUGCUGUUCUCAAAUAGAAACAAUACAGCCCCUUAAUGAAGAUAAACAUACAAAUAUGUAUCAGAUAGUGCUCUUGUGAUCAGUGUAUAACUGUUAUAUAUAUUAUACAUGUUAUUAUGCAAUUGCACAAGCUACAAUAUUGUCAACAAAUUUUAGCAACAUUUCUAAAUGACUGAUCAAUUCUAUGUACAAGAUUCUGAAGUUCAAACUACAUGUAUUAAAAAACUAACUUAAAACUAAGUAGGUUUUACCAUUAGCAAUAUAUGUAUUGCUAUUAGAGUACUGUCUCGUGUGAAUGAUUUGGUCUUGCUCCUGAAACAUCGAGUUAUAUAAAAAGAUUGCCCAGCCUAGGCAAAUAUGUGAGUUAGACCUGAUAGUGCUAGUAGCUUAUGCAAUAUACAUGUACCUAUCCAUGUAUGUGGUAAUCUGAAGUUGGUUUUACUUGUGAUUGUACAUGUAUUUCUCUUUAUUGUAAGUAGGCUCACAAGCACAGCCUAAUAUAACGUACGUGUAGUAUUGAUUCAGAAAUAGAAAAUAGCUAAAUGUGUCUUUCUUAUGAUAUUGUAAAACAUUAGUCAAUUCAAGUCUUGAUAUUAAAGGAUACUGGUUAUCUUUUAGUACAAGAGGUUUUCUCUGAUUUGUUAAAUUGGUGGCCAAGCAUGCUGCCAGCAUGCCAAUCAUUCAUUCAUGAUUAUGUUAGAAAUAUGUCUUUCCACUUGUAUUUGAAAUAUGUCUUUUCACUUGUACCUAAUAUGCGUUGUAGAAAAAAUGUACCAAUCUCAUAUCAGUAGUACUUUUGUAUAUCUAUUUAAGAAACUAAAACUUUUAUCACUAGAUGCACCUAUUGAGUUAGACAUAAAGCUUUAUUUUCAUGUACGUGUAUAUGUUAACUUUAUAUUUAACUUGCAUAUUUAAGAAAUGUUUCAGAAGUGUAACAUUGUAUGUCUAUAUGAUGCUGUGUAUAAAAUGUAUGUAAAACAGCCAUUCCAGUUCUGGCAUACAUGUUUAUUCAUCAGUGUGUUCACUGCAGGUUAGGAAUUCCAAUGUGUGCAGACUGCAGGCAGUAACAGAGCAAUAAACUGUUGACAGUGUCACU